AAGCUUCCAACGACUAUAUCCAGAAAUGGGAAAAGUGGCGUAAAUCUAUCGAUACGGCCGCCAUUCAAGAAUAGGUGUGGGCAAAUGAAAGUGGCCCCCCAUUUCCUCCCUUCUCGAAACCCGCCGGCGAUGCUGUCCUUUUCUAGCCCAAGUCUAGUCCACCCUUUUUCUUAUUUUUUUACGAAACCAACGAGGAGAAAUUAUCUAUCAAUUUUCAAGAUUGGCCUCUACUUCUCAAAAAGUCACCAUUGGGCAGCUAUUGUAUUAUGUUUUUUUUUACUUUUUUGUUUUAAAAUUAGCCCAUUUCGUCUAGAUUACUGUAGUUAGCUUUUGAUGAGAUUACGUAUUACUUUAUUAAUGGUUGAAUAUUCCGUCCUUUGGCUGGCUUGAGUAUUUAAUGUGUUAUGGUUUCUUACAGCCUUGUCUUAAUAUAUUUAAGUCAACUAUCUUUGCUAUUAAUGAUAUCUGCCGCAUUUCGUUGUUCCAUUUAUAUUUUGGAACGCCAAUUAGUUUAGAAUUUUCUUCUUGCUUCAUAUUUUUUAUUAAUUGGGAGAUUUCCUUUGGAUUCUUAAUCUACUCUGCUGUCAGAUAUAUUAAUUCAUCUCUCAUUUUGUGUUUACUUUGGAUGCUUUAAUUUGUAUUUCAUUAAUAUUUGCAUUGCUGCUUGUAUGUUGAUCUUGUGAUACAUUCAAUCUUGAUCCCAUUUGUGUUCUUGAUUUGGUUAAUAUGUUUAUAGUCUUGUAUUGAUGUAUUGAUUGCUUAUAGUGAUAGAGCUAAUUCAUUUCAAAUUUGAAAAAGAUCCCCUUUUUGUUAAGAUAGUUAGUGGGGAAGUAUAGAGGGAAAAACCACCAACAUGGCUCACUUAAGUUACUCUGAUUCAAUGUCUGGGAGCUCGCAUCAUGGACAAGGCAUGCAGUUUGUGCCGUUUAAGACCUCGACAGGGUCACUUAGGGUGUUGUUAUUGCACGGGAAUUUGGAUAUUUGGGUGAGAGAGGCCAAGAAUCUCCCAAAUAUGGAUUUGUUCCACAAGAACUUAGGUGAUAUGUUUGGGAGGUUGUCUGGGAAGUUCUUGAGUAAAGUGGAAGGCACAGCGCCUGUCAAGAUCACGAGUGAUCCUUAUGUUACCAUUGCUGUCUCCAAUGCUGUGAUAGGUAGGACCUUCGUGAUUAGUAACAGCGAGAACCCAGUUUGGAGUCAGCAUUUCCAUCUGCCAGUAGCGCAUUAUGGUGCGGAGGUGCACUUUGUGGUGAAGGAUAGUGAUGUUGUGGGGUCUCAGAUCAUUGGUGCUGUCGGGAUCCCUGUGGAGCAGGUGAUCUCUGGUGUGCUAAUCGAGGGUACUUUUCCGAUACUUGCUGCAAAUGGGAAGCAGUGCAAUCCGGGGGCUGUUCUGACCCUCUCAAUUCAGUAUAUACCAAUGGAGAGGGUGCCCCUCUAUCAUGGUGGGGUAGGUGGGGAUCUCUCGUAUAAAGGUGUGCCCGGUACCUAUUUUCCUCUCCGGAGAGGGGGGAAGGUCACUCUGUAUCAGGAUGCUCAUGCAGAUGAUGCGUCACUUCCUAAGCUGUGGUUGGCUAAUGGCUGGUUUUACCAGCAUGGACAUUGCUGGCAUGAUAUUUAUGAUGCAAUAUGUCAGGCUCGUCGUCUAAUUUACAUCACGGGAUGGUCUGUUCAUCACCUUGUUCAGCUUGUGAGGGAUGAUCCUAAUGUGAAGCACAGUGUUUUGGGUGAAGUUUUGAAAGCCAAGUCUCAAGAAGGCGUGCGUGUCUUGCUCUUGGUGUGGGAUGAUCCUACAUCCACAAGCAUAUUAGGGUAUAAAACUGAAGGUGUAAUGGGCACAAAUGAUGAAGAAACACGCCGUUAUUUCAAGCAUUCAUCUGUUCAAGUGCUGCUGUGUCCUCGGAGUGCUGGGAAGGGUAGCUGGGCCAAAAAGCAGGAAACUGGAACGAUCUAUACACAUCAUCAAAAGAGUGUGAUAAUAGAUGCUGAUGCAGGUCAAAACAGGAGAAAGAUUGUAUCCUUUGUUGGCGGCCUUGAUCUUUGCAAGGGAAGAUAUGAUACCCAGAAGCACUCGAUUUUCAGCACUCUGCAAACUGUUCACAAAGAUGAUUUUCAUCAGCCUAAUUUUGCAGGGCCGAAUGCUGGUUGUCCAAGAGAGCCGUGGCAUGAUCUACACUGUAAAAUUGAUGGUCCAGCAGCAUAUGAUGUAUUAACCAACUUUGAAGAACGUUGGUCAAUGGCCUCAAAGCGCCACGGCCUUCAAAAAGUGAAAACUUCAUUUGAGGAUUCCUUACUCAAACUCGAAAGAAUCCCUGAUGUACUGGGGAUAGCUGAGGCUGCUGAGCAAGGUUUACAUGAUCCGGAGGGUUGGCAUGUUCAGGUUUUCCGUUCCAUCGAUUCAAACUCUGUUAAAGGCUUCCCCAAGAAUCCUAAGGAGGCUUCAACCAAGAAUCUGGUAUGUGGUAAGAAUCUGCUGAUAGAUAUGAGUAUACAUACUGCUUACGUGAAGGCAAUUCGUGCUGCGCAACAUUUCAUUUACAUUGAGAAUCAGUACUUCCUUGGAUCAUCAUACAAUUGGUCUAAUUAUAAGGACUUGGGUGCAAACAACUUAAUUCCUAUGGAAAUCGCUCUCAAGGUCGCGAAUAAGAUCAGAGCACGGGAGAGGUUUGCCGUGUACAUUAUUGUUCCAAUGUGGCCGGAGGGCGUUCCUACAAGUACUCCUACUCAAAGAAUUCUCUUUUGGCAGUAUAACACAAUGCAAAUGAUGUAUGAAACCAUCUACAAAGCUUUACAAGAGGUGGGGAUGGAGAAUGAGUACGAGCCCCAGGACUACUUGAAUUUCUUUUGCCUUGGAAAUCGUGAGGCCGACGUCAGUGGAGGCAAGCCCGACACGAAGAGCUCCAGUGGAAAUACCCCACAAGCACUGACUCGGAAAAACAGGCGUUUCAUGAUCUACGUUCACUCAAAGGGGAUGAUAGUUGACGACGAGUUCGUGCUGAUGGGUUCUGCAAACAUCAACCAACGCUCUCUUGAAGGAACGAGGGAUACUGAAAUCGCCAUGGGCGCGUAUCAACCUCAGUAUACAUGGGCAAACAAACAUGCUAAUCCACAUGGAGAGAUAUACGGAUAUAGGACGUCGCUAUGGGCCGAGCACACAGGUACACUCGAGCAAUGCUUUGAGCAUCCAGAGAGUCUGGAAUGUGUGAGGCGCGUGAGAUGGAUGGGGGAGCUGAACUGGAAACAGUUUGCUGCUGCCGAAGUGAGUGAAAUGCACGGCCACCUGCUCAAGUAUCCGGUUGAGGUCGACAGAACGGGGAAGGUGAGGCCGCUUCCCGGCAGUGAAACAUUUCCAGACAUGGGUGGUAAGAUUAUAGGAACAUUCAGUGGCAUUCAAGAGAAUCUCACUAUUUGAUCAAAAUUAAACCUCAGAUUUUACUAUUCUUUUCCUUCAAUUUUUUGAUGCUAGAUGCCUGGCUUUGGUAACUUGUUUUUAUCCAUAUAUCAUUACAGAAUGGUGGAUGAGAUACUAGAUUGAGUUGUUACCUUGCCUGUAGAAAGGAAUAAGAGGGUGGUCACUUUCAUUUGUUUUAUAUUUUGUCUUUGUAUUUUUCUUGGUUUUAAUAAACAAAUUAUCUAUUUAAGCAUA